AUGGCAAACUGUGAACAGCGAGGGCCUAGCCAAGGGCCUAGCCAAGGGCCUAGCCAAGGGCCUAGCCAAGGGCCUAGCCAAGGGCCUAGCCAAGGGCCUAGCCAAGGGCCUAGCCAAGGGCCUAGCCAAGGGCCUAGCCAAGGGCCUAGCCAAGGGCCUAGCCAAGGGCCUAGCCAAGGGCCUAGCAAGGGCCUAGCCAAGGGCCUAGCCAAGGGCCUAGCCAAGGGCCUAGCCAAGGGCCUAGCCAAGGGCCUAGCCAAGGGCCUAGCCAAGGGCCUAGCCAAGGGCCUAGCCAAGGGCCUAGCCAAGGGCCUAGCCAAGGGCCUAGCCAAGGGCCUAGCCAAGGGCCUAGCCAAGGGCCUAGCCAAGGGCCUAGCCAAGGGCCUAGCCAAGGGCCUAGCCAAGGGCCUAGCCAAGGGCCUAGCCAAGGGCCUAGCCAAGGGCCUAGCCAAGGGCCUAGCCAAGGGCCUAGCCAAGGGCCUAGCCAAGGGCCUAGCCAAGGGCCUAGCCAAGGGCCUAGCCAAAGGCCUGGCCAAGGGCCCAGCCAGGGGCCCAGCCAGGGGCCCAGCCAGGGGCCUAGCGGUCGAAGGGCCUUGA